UUUUACCUUCGAUGAGAUUAAUUGUUGGCGCACAAAAAAUAGCAAAGUUGUCUGCUGCCAUUUUUCUUCAGACGGCAAGAUAUUGGCUAGUGCUGGACAUGAAAAGAAGGGCAAAAACUAAUUCCAUCCUAGAGCAGCAAGAGCGAUCUUACCCAGCAAUGGCUAUCUCGAGGCCGCCGUUUUGCUUGGCUCUUGUUGCCGUAGCAGCUCUUCUUGUUUCCUCCUGCUGCCAUGCUGCAUCCGGAUCAGAACACCCAGUGGAGAGCAGCAAGAUGGUGGUGAUUCAGGACGACCCAAAGUGCGAGGUGAUGGAGAGGUGCUCCGUGGACAAUUGCACCGCCUACUGCGUCUCGAUUGGGCUUCAACAAAUCGGCUUCUGCACGUUCCGGGACCUCCAAUUCUACUGCUGCUGCCCCAUCUAGCUGAUUACGAUUGAUUUUUCUACGUUCCAAGGGAGAAAUAUAAUACUUCCAAUGUUUCACAACUCCAUUUCAGAUUAUAAAAUAUUUACUUUAAUUUUUCUAGAUUCAUCAAUGAACUUAUAUAUAUGCUGGAAUUUAAUAGUAUUUAUCUAAAUCUUGAAAAAUCUUU